CCCGGUCCCCGCCGCCGUCUCCGUUGACACAGCCGAGAUGGCCGCUUCGCACACCCACACAACACACGCUUGAUCAACCUGGAAUGAUGACCAACUCUCAAGAAAGUGCCAUUUCGGGAUUAAUCGACUCAUUCAGCUCCCUCCGAAACGAAGACAGCUCAGAGCAGGUCAGACACUAUGAGACUUUGGUUACCGAGGAGUUAAGACGUGUCCACGAUGCGUACCGUGUACUGUGGGAUGGCAUCAUAAAUCGCCCAGACCCGCUCGCACUAUUCAACCAAGUCGAAAUACGGACUGAGCUCUUGGAUCAACUGCAAUCGAAACGCUUACCUACCUUACAACGCCAGGUUGUCUCCCUUUCGAAUGCACUUCUUGGUCGAUCGGAUCUUCAAGCCAAGCCAGUCUCAAAACUACAACUGAUCUUGAAAUCUUUGUCAAAACUGGAUGCCACUCUGGGUAAAAUAAAGUUUGCGAUAGCUUGCAUCAGCCCAUCCGUGGACCCAGAAGUCAUAAGAGAUGACAAGGAUUUCAAAAAACUGAAAGCAUUCACCUGUAGCCGUCUGGCCCUGAGAAUAUACGAGGUGACCGGACGGAUUUGUAAACUGCUUGAAACAUCUCGUCGGUUUUUUGAAAAAUCGGGACACGCAUUUGAGAAUGAACCUCGUAAGAAAACCAAAGUACUCGCCAUCAGAGAUGCCUGCUCGGAUUCGAUCGAUAAGGCAAUCAAAUUCAUGAACAAAUCAGAAUUAAACCACAUCCAAGACGGAUGGCAGUCGAGUAUAAAUACGGUGGAUGUCUCGCUCGAGAGCUUUCUCGAUUUCGUCAAUCGAUCACCCCAUUCGAUAGAAGAAAGCCAUUCGAUCCCAGAUCAAGAGCCGCCUCGCUCUGGCAAGACUUCUGGCCAAGAUCAUCCCGGACUAUCUCGUGCUACAAUAUCGGUGAUAUCAAUAAUGAAAUUAAUAAGAUUGUUUCUGGCGAAGCUAAUAAAGGCAUCGGAAGAUAAAGAGACGUUCAGGAUGGUGACUAAUCUCAGUUCGAGGGAGCUCGAGAUAUGUAUAACGAUGCCUAACAAUCUUUCAGAAGCCAUCAAAAGCCUUGUUCAAGGCUUAUCAGAAGAUCCCGGCGAUGAUCGCCUUGAAGGUAUUAUGGUCAUCAAUCAAGCCAUCCAUCACCUUAUAAGUACCCCUAGAGCUGUCCUGUUCAUGGUUGACUACGUUUUUGUUCAUUUGUUCAAUCCGGCCAAUCAGCCCUCGCCUAAGAUUUACUACAAAGCUUGGGUCUUAUGAAUGGAACCAACUUCACCACUUGGGCCACUCGAAACUUCCUCGAGGCUCUCAGAUUCCUUAUCCCCCCAUGAAUCUCCAAUACCCUUGUUUGUCAUCUCUUUAAUUUCAUCUUACAGUUGUUUCUUCAGUCUUUGGCUUUUCAAAAUUAUCCUAGCUUUCCAGUUUCCAAACAACAACAAAAAACCUCUAGCCAACAACCAGCAUUUUAGCACUCCGAGGUUGCACAGAUCUAUCGCAGUAAUACCAGUAUAUAGUUCGUCUUUUAACGUGUGGCUCGAGGGAGGUACAAUCAUGAUGAGGAAGCGGGUAUUUAAGUGUAUGCUCAUG